GAGGGUUGACAAUGUUUAUGCAGACGUAAAAGGCUACUCCAUAGCAGGGGGAACAGUUCCCCCAAGCGUCCUCAUAACGAAGGCAAAACCGGAUAUUGUUAUCGUAACAGGUAAUAUCGAACUUUUGGAAUUAACCGUACCAUUUGAAAUGAAUAUCGAUAAAGCGCAUCGACGAAAAGAGGAUAAAUACAAAGAUACCAUCAAUGAUAUUGUCAGACAUGGGUUUAGAGGUAAAAUUACCUGCCUUGAAAUAGGAAGUAGAGGUCUCAUUACUCCAGCAAAUGAAUGUAGAAUAAAAGAUAUUCUUAAGAUAACUUCAAGAAACGCCAAAGCAAUAAUUAAGGAAAUUUCAGAAACUGCUCUCGUUACCAGCUACACAAUUUGGAAUGCUAGGUUUAACCCUGCAUGGGAAAAUAUUACACUAAUGUAA